GCUGGAAACCUCAGCAGGGCCGCAUAACACCUUGACAAUUCAACCCACAUGUGCGGCGGCGUGCUGGGCCGCCGCCUCAGGGCAAGAUGGCCUCUGCCGGGCCGGCAUGUGGAAGAGGUUUUCCACUCAGCUGAACCUCCAGCACCUCCACCGGGAUCCCCGGCGCUCACCGCUAUUAUACCGCCGCGGCUUCAAGCGUCGCCAGCCAGCUGCGGAUUAACACCAUUUGCACCUCGUCUCUCGGCGUGCAGGUAACACCCAUGCCUCCACGGGGAGGUCCGCGCAUUCCACGAACACGGAGUCCCGACAAGAGGCAGGCAAAUAUCUCAGGAAGGCUGGGUUUGUUGCCAACAAUAUUACAUUUGCGAAAAGAGUAAAUUGAAUUCAAACGCCGUAAUGCAAUAAGAAAGGGAUAAUCUAAUUUGAGCUCAGCGCUGUUUUAAAAUGCUUGAACAACUUCUUGAGGCGUUUUGUUUCGUCCUCAGAGAGCUGAGACACCGUGUUUUUCUUCUUCUCACGUCCUGCUAUCGAUCAAGCGCUUAUGGGUAGGGACCCUAAAAGAAACAGGCUCGUGAUAUCAAAGCUCGAGACAUCUGUGUUUUAUAUCUACGUUUACUCAGAAUGUCUGUCAGUCUGUCCUCCACUUGGCAAGAUGCUCUCUCUCUUUUUAACCUAAAAGUUUUUCAUAUUUUAGUUAAGUUACCAUUUUCAGACUCACGAGUUGAGUUUUUGACCAAAGGUGUUCACAUUAAAACCCCGGUUUUACGUAACGUCUGUGAUGUACGUUGAUAAUUAGGCAUUAAACUCUAUAUAUAAAGUUAAAUGAUUUAUCCAAGGCACACGAACAAUGGAGAGAAGAAAGAUGCCAAAAGAAAUUAUUGGAAUGGAAUGAAUAUAAGUUUCCUAUGGAGAUUGGAAAAGUAUAGAUUUUUUUUACACAUCUCCAUAAAUAUUAGAAAAAGACAGACUAUUCAUAUUUCCUUCCCUGUCUUUUUGUUUAUCCUUCCUCUUCCCCAUUUAUUUCCUUCUUUCCGUCCAUCUUUCCUACCUUACUUCCAACUCUGCUUCUAUCAAUCCUUUCUUCUAGAUUUAUCGGCCAGCUGAUUCAUCGGGGCUGAUUUCCUUAAUUUUGAGAGAUGUGAUCGGCCGAUAUUUACACGUCUCCUGAUCUUUUCUACAUCAGCAAAAUGUCUGAUCAUCAGCCACUGUCCUCUCUUGCUCUCCCGUUAGAGGUUUGACUGACAGAUCGGGCCACCAGCUCAUGUUAACAAUAGUCACCCCCUGUUGCCGACUCAGCGACCUUCUUGCUAUAUUUAGCGACAUCUCAGAAAAAAACAAAAACUAGCAUCCGUCAAAAUGAGAAUUGGCAGGUCAGGCGUUUUAAAGAUCAGUAAUCGGACAGAAAACUGAAAUUGGUGCACCCCGACUUUCUUCCAUACUUUGUUUUGUUUCUGUUCUUUCUGCAUCAUAUCCAUCAAUCAUUCAUUCUUUUCCAUAUCCCUUCUUUUCUUACUCCACCAACUGAGCCUCUUUCAUCCUUUUUGCCCUUACUAUCUGUCCAUCCUAUCACCAUUUCUUCCUUAUUUAUUUCCUUCCUGUUGUACUUCUUUUUUUGCUUCUCUCCUCCUAUCCAUGUCCCCUCCCUUCCAUACUUCCUCCCUUUCUUGUUUACUUCAUGAGGUUUUUCCCAUCAUAAAUUUGAGAACUAAAGAACCAUCUGCCAUUAAUAACGUCAAGGUUUUGCUUUCAACCUUUAAAAGUGACCAAACACAGAACAGAGACCUCUCUAUUGCGUUAGGAAACGAACGGACACGACGAAAACAAGGAGAGCGUGUGUAGAAACGAAGCAAGAAAAGAACGGCAGACCAAGUGAAGAGAUGCACAAAUAAAGUAAAGCAACAAAGGUUUUAGGUUUUUUUUUAGAGUGCUGACAAGCAGGUCAGCUGGUGUGGAGCUGGAGUGGGUGGAGCCAGUCGGUGAGUGGAGGAGUGAGAGUGGGAGGUGUUGGAGCGGCUGGGGAGGGGGGUCUGCCCUGUGACAUGACCCCGUCACAUGAGAGGUGAGCCAACACGUACCGUGGGCCCGUUAAACAGCUCGACGCCAGGCGGUUCACAUGUUACGAGUCUGGCAGGAGGAAACGAGUUCUGCUAAGAGAGAAUGUGCAGCUGUCAUCAAGAAGGAGUUCAUUGUGCAGAGAUGGCCAUGGUAUGCCUAACAGACUUUGAGGAGUACGCAAAUGCACAUCUUUCAAAGGCCACCUGGGAUUAUUACGCAGCCGGAGCAGAUGAAUGCUGCACCAGAGACGACAAUCUGCUGGCUUACAAAAGGAUCCGUUUGAGGCCUCGCAUCCUGCGGGACGUAUCAGUGAGUGACACGCGCACCACGGUGCAGGGGAAAGAAAUAAGCUUUCCCGUUGGCAUUGCGCCGACGGCCUUCCACUGCCUGGCCUGGCAUGAAGGCGAGGUGGCUACAGCUCGCGCCACCGAGGGUCUCAACACCUGCUACAUCACCAGCACCUACUCCACCUGCUCAGUGGAGGAGAUCGUUGCGGCGGCGCCCAGCGGCUACCGCUGGUUCCAGCUCUACGUGUACCGGGAGAGGAAGCUGUCCGAGCAGCUGGUACACCGGGUGGAGGCGCUCGGCUACAAGGCGCUGGUCCUCACGGUCGACGUGCCCUACACGGGAAAGCGCCGCAACGACAUCCGCAACCAGUUCAGGCUGCCGCCGCACCUCAAGGUCAAGAACUUUGAGGGAGUUUUCGAGCAGGAGACGAGCGUCCCAGAGGAGUACGGGAUACCGGCCAACACCUUGGACCCGUCUAUCAGCUGGAAGGACAUCUACUGGCUGCAGUCUAUCACCUGCCUCCCCAUCAUCAUCAAGGGCAUCCUGACCAAGGAAGACGCUGAGCUGGCCGUGGAGCACGGCGUCCAGGGUAUCAUUGUGUCCAACCACGGGGGGAGGCAGCUGGACGGCGGCCCGGCGUCGAUCGACGCCCUGGCAGAGAUCGUGGACACGGUGGCAGGCAGAAUUGAAGUUUACGUCGAUGGAGGAAUCAGGACAGGAAGCGACGUCCUCAAAGCGCUGGCCUUGGGGGCCAAGUGUGUGUUCAUCGGCCGUCCAGCCGUGUGGGGCCUCGCAUACAAGGGGGAGGAAGGAGUGAGGGAAGUUCUUCAGAUCCUGAAUGACGAGUUCCGUCUUUCCAUGGCUCUAUCAGGCUGCAGAAACGUAGCCGAAAUCAGCAGGAACCUCGUUCAGUUUUCCAAACUUUGACGACGAUAAGGACGACGGCGCCGCUUUAGCAGGAUUCUGGCCUGAAUUAAAGCUUAAGCCCGAGAUGUAACGACGAAUACACUGAGGACGGGUUCACGUCAGAACCCGCUGGCACCAGGAAAUCACGGUUCACAGAAGCCUGUGCCUGGAAUUCGACUUGUAAUCAUCCCCCAUUGUACGAGUGACAGAAUGUCGUGAGAAAGUGGAGUGUUGUUGGAAGACUGAGCGAUCGAUUAAUGAAAGUGUUUUUGGCUUUGGUGGCGGAAAGGAUGUGGGCGCUUAUCAUAAAAACGAACACAUUUCUUCUGGUUAAACUGUGCAAUGUUUGUGAGAAAUGCUGCCAGUGCUUGUGGUUGAAUAAAUACCUGCUGAGAUGAACA